UAUUGCAUCAUUUUACCAAAGCAUAUCGCGUCGCACACUGCCUUAUCACCCUCAUCAUGCCCCGGCUUGUCCGCCGCCGACCGUUAACGGAGCGCAUCAAAUCCUACUUGAAUCCUUUGGACUUUCUACUAUGGCUGUCGGAGGAGAUCGAUACACAUGAUUGGGAUCAGUUCGAAAAGAACUGGGCGUUCCCCGUGGGGGUGGCUCUGAAUAUCAUAUUCCUGAUUGCCCGCGCGAACAGUCAAUCGAACAGCAGUCAAGCUAUAGAUGAUGUCUUCGGUGACGAUGGAAGUACUCCGUGGCUUAGUUGGUUUGCUUCUUUUAUCGUCCACCUCCUUACCACCUUUACCGCAUUCAACGCUUUCUAUACAUUCUACCGCAAGCGACAUUAUCGCAUGUUCGAAGCCUCAAUCGAUCGGGCUCCUGCAACACCGUCCGCUCACAGGGUGCGGGUCAAUUCAACACCCGUGACCGAUUCGCCACUGAGAUAUCUGGCUGAUACGCUAGCUAAAUCGACACAGUCGAGGGCGCACGCAGACGCGCAGCGGGAUGUGUGGGAGCUUGCUGUCUGGGACCCCCUGCCUAUUUGCAUUCGAUUAUUCUGCCUCUUCAGCCCUGGCCAUGUUUUGGUAUACUGGGUAUUCCUGCCCACCCAGCUUUCCGAUCCUCGACCUAGUGUGACUAUCGUGACUACUAUCUUCAUAGCGGCUCUGCUCUCGGUACAGAUGACGUUCCUUUCCUCAUCCUAUACUCAGCAAGCGAAAGACUCUAUGCUGGUUCAUAAGGAGGUUCUGCGGGAGUAUGACACUAAAUACGUGCACCCUCGGACUCAGCCGUUGAUGAGAGAUGUGGCCACUCAGUUCUCCGAAUCCGACUCCGAUAUUAAACAGAACAAGGUCGAUACCUUUACUCCGACGGUCGUUCUCCAUAGAGGAUUCAAGACGAGCCCGAACCCCAACUAUAUUAGCCAUGUGGACCCUGAAGGUCUGUCCUCUGGACGCCAGUCCCUCGCAGCCACACCCAGCGGGGUCUCUCACCGUGCAGCUGCACUUCAGACUCCAAGCCAUUUGCGAGAUGCUUCUCCUAUUGUCCGAGGCUCCAUCUCUUCAAUCCGCCAACCACAAUUUCGGCAGACACCGACUACUACGGGCGAUGGUGGAAGUCUUGGUAUUUACUCACACGCCAACUCGCCUUUGAGGAAGUCUACUUCGACCAAUUUCGAACGUCGUCUCCAGAACAACGGCGAUUUUUUCUAUAAGGAACGUGGUGCAAGCGCAGUGAGAAGGCCAUCUAGUCCGCUUAAGAAAAGCAACGUCCCUGCGGGAAGUCCCCUAACGCCGGGACCGAGACGGAGUCACAUUGACCCUCGACGCGAAAGUGGUCGGUUCUAAUUUAAUUAGUGCGAUAAGGCAUCAUGCGCCAGCGAUCACGGUUAAGGGGCAUCUCUCAUGUAUAGUAUGCAGUAUCAUCUUAACGGCGUUGUCAUAAGGUCAUUAUCAAGAUCGGGUACUUCUGGUGACCCUGGUUUGCUUUGGGAGUGUCAGGUGUGGCGUUGAAACAUACAAGCUUUUGGAUCCCUGUUCUCAUUAAAUGCUUUUUUUUAUUGUCUUUGAUACCCUCCCGUGGACCCUUGUGCGACCCUAUUGGAUUCUCUUUCUGCAAACAAUGAUGAGUGCCGGUC